GGUCCUUCCUUCCAGCCCGGCCCGGCUCGGCUUCCCCUGCGCUCUGGCCCCCGCGCCUCCAGCCCGGCCGCGAACCCCCAGCCCGGCGGCGGCUGCAGCGCCGGUCCCGCUCCUGUGGCUGCCGCUGCCCGUGUUUCCCUGCGCGCAGCCCCAGCUCCGAGCCCCGGCCGCGCUGCCCCUCGGUCUGGUCCCUGCUCUGAGCUCCGCUGCGUUCCUGGGGCCUGCCCCGUUCUGGGGAGUGUCUGCUCCCUGCUUCUCCGUGCCCAGCCCCCGGGGCACUCUUUAUCCGUGCCCCCCUCUUCUGUGCCCAACCCCUGGGGCACACUCCCCUUCUGUGCCCACUUCCCUGGGACACUCCCCAUCUCUGCACCCCCCAGGACCCCCUUCUUCUGUGCCCAGCCCCCGGGACACUUCCCAGCUGUGCCCACACCCCCAGUGCCCCCUCUUCUGUGCCUACUUCCCUGUGACACUCCCCAUCUCUGCACCCCUCAGGACCCCCCUCUUCUGUGACCGGCCCCCGGGACACUUCCCAUCUGUGCCCACACCCCCAGUGCCCCCCUCUUCUGUGCCCAGUGCCCAGGACACUCCCCAUCUCUGCACCCCCUUCUGUGCCCAGCCCGCGGUGCACUCCCCAUCUGUGCCCAGCCCCUGGGGCACUCCCCAUCUGUGCCCAACCUCUGCAGAGAUUCCCGGAUCGUGCCCAUGGGCAUCGCCAGGUUGGCCGAUGUGAUUAAGGAGGAGGCUGCGGAGGCCGUGAGCUCAUUCCCUCUGCGACAAUAUCGAGACCGCGUCAUAGCCCUGGACGCGUCCAUUGCCAUUUACCAGUUCCGCACGGCCAUGCCGAAGCUCUUCAACCGUAACGGGGAGAACAUCAGUCACUUGCAGGGGCUGUUUUACCGGACGCUGCAUCUCCUGGAAAAUGGCAUCAAACCGGUGUUUGUGUUUGACGGGCAGCCCCCUGACCUCAAGCAGCCACUGUUGGCCAAGCGGGCGGAGGCUGCCGGGGCUAGGAGAGACGCUGUAGAGUCCCACCGGGCUGAAAACCUGCCGCGGCCCCUGAAGCAGGAUUGCGAGACCCUGCUGAGCUACCUGGGUGUGCCAUAUGUGCAGGCUCCGGCUGAGGCGGAAGCCACCUGCGCAGCUCUGGUGAAGUCUGGCAAGGUUUGGUGCACGGCCACGGAAGACAUGGACGCGCUGCCUUUCGGGAGCCUCCGUCUGAUCCGCCACCUGAGCUCCAAGAACAACUGUGAAGUAGAAGAGUUUUCCCUGCCGGACAUUCUGCAGAAGCUGGGCAUGACUCAGGAGCAGUUCGUAGACCUGUGCAUCCUGCUGGGCUGUGACUACUGUGGGAAGAUCUGGCGGCUGGGCCCCAAAAAGGCCCUCAAGCUGCUGCAGCAACAUGGGACAAUCGAGCAGGUUCUCCAGAACAUCGACCCGCAGAAGCACCCGCUGCCCGCCAACUGGGACCUGGAGGGAGCUCGCAGGCUCUUCUUGCAGCCGGAGGUGGCCGACCCGGGCCGGAUAACGCUGGAGUGGCGCGACCCCGACCCAGAGGGGCUGGUGCGGUUCCUCGCCCAUGAGAAGCACAUGAACGAGUUGCGGGUGUGCCGGCGGCUGCAGCGGUGGCAGGAGGCCCAGCCCAAGCCCGAGGAGGCCGAGCCCAAGCAGCGAGCGCCCCGGGAGGGCGGGAGGCAGCAGAAGCUGGGCGAGUUCUUCCCAGCCAGCAAACGGGCACGUCCGCCGGAGGUGCCUGGCCCCCGGCCCAGCAGGAAGAGACAGAAACCGCAGGUGGGGACGCCCAGGGAAGUGGGCAGCCCGGAGCCAGGAAAGUGAGAUGCUGGCCUUGCUCCUGCUCCUGCCCCAGCGCCCAUACGCUGCCGUCUGCUCUCCUCCAGGCCGUCUGCCUGCUGUGCCCAGUGGGCAGCCGGGGCAACAUGCCGGGAGCCCAGUGGCUGCACCUGAUGGGCACGGACGGAACCAAAUCGCAGCCGCUCUCCGCUUUAAUGCCCAGGUGCAGGCCAUGCUCCAGCAUGCGAUACGGCCCAGACAAGGCACUGCAUGCUGGGAGCUGUAGUCUGUGCCGGCUGCCCACUGGUGCUGUCCUUACGAGACAGCCGCAUGGCCUGUGGCCCAUGGGUACAAAGUGGGGUGUGCGUGUGUGUGUGUGUGUUAUGAGGGGCAGGAGCAGCCGGCUGGACAGGUUGGUUCAGUAGCCCCAUCCUGAGAGCACCAACAGAUUCUGCGGGUCGGGAUUGAGGGGCACCGGCAGAGCUGGGGGAGACACCCCAAGGGCUGGGAUAGCGGGGGGCUGUGGGUCGGGAUGGAGGGACCCCGGCGGAGCGGGGGGGGACCCCAGGGCUAGGAUAGGGGGCUGUGGGUUGGGAUUGAGGGGCGCUGGCAGAACUGGGUUGGGCCAGUGCCUGGUAGCAGCAAGUUGAUGCCAAAGUUGGCCACCUUUCAGAACUCUCCCAGGUUUCUGCUGCCAGGCCCAUCACUGGUAUCUGGGCACCAGGGCCCAGAACCACUAAGCGACUUGCCCAAGGUCACACAGGAGGCUUUGGCAGAGGCGGGAUUAGAACCCAGCUCUCCUGAGCCUCCAGUGCUUGGAUCACAGGCUUGUCCUUCCUGUUGGAGAGAGUCCGACCGGAGCGCUCUUCAUCCCUCAGCUGCCUGGUGCGCCAAGGGGGAGGCGGCUUGUUUUGGGUACCCAAGGGAGCAGAAUGGGAAGAAUGAAUGUGAAUAUGGGGAGUGACUCUGAGGCUGGGAGAUGGAUCCGGCUGUGGGAUCAUCCGCCAGGGACAUUUCAAAGCAGGCCGGCCUGAGGAGCAUGGCAGGGGAGCACACACCAUCCUGCCCCAGUGUGUGGACCAGGCAGGCCCGCUAGCGCUAGAGGGAGGCCACGAUCUGCCCCGGAGCAGCCCCUUCUCUGCGCUGCACGGCUCGGCUGAGCGACCGCGGCACCGCCCUGCCCUGCUCAUCAGCUGACGAAUGGUCCCGGUUCUUGGGGCGGCCUCUGCUCCUCGGUGUAGCCUGGACUGUCCCCGCUCCCCGAGGGGCUGUCGGGGAGGAGCCCUGGUGUCUCAGCCGGUGAGCAAAGGGCUAAGUGAAGCCCAGAUGUGGGGCAGAGACCCCAGGGCCCCAGAAGGGGGCAGCAGAGAUGGGAGGGGCCCAGCACAGGGAAGAUGAUUGAGGGUUUAUUCAAGUACAUCCAGGGGUGAGAAAUCUCAGUAGCUGAGAAUGGGUCUGACUUUACGGCGCUGCCGUGGCCUGUCCCGGUGCAGGCCCAGAACUCCCCCCCGCCCCUUGCUUUCAUUAGCUCUGCUGCACCCAGACCUGCCCCGGUGCCAGGCCCUGCUGGGCAUGGCCACGCUGCAGCUGGGCGUGAGCCUCACGUGUCCCCGACUGGUACCAGCGGCACUCGUGCCACAAAGAGCAGGGGAGAUUUCCGGCUCCCCAGCCUAGGAGUCAGGUGGUAUCUGAUGGGGCUGGGAGCUCACGCCCAGCUGCUGUGUAGACGUGCCCGCUGCGGCUCUCCCACUAUCUCCACCCUGGCCAGCCCAGCGGGGCGCCAGGCCCCGUCUCCUGCUCUGUUCUGGGAGCUCAGCAAUAAAGUCGGAGGUGAUACAAUUCA